GCUGUCCAGCGUUUCAUGUGAGUGACGCCCCUGGCGGGGUCCUGGGUAGGCGGGUUGAGAUCGAAAGAGUACCCCUCCCUUCCCUUGCUCGUCUAGGCGACAUAGGACCUGGCCUGCACAUCCUAGUGGAAGGAUUUUCUGCCGUUUCUUGGCAAAAAUGGCAACUAAUGGUACUGUUCUGAAGAGACUGGAACAGAAGGGUGCAGAAGCAGAUCAAAUUAUUGAAUAUUUAAAGCAGCAAGUUGCUCUUCUUAAGGAGAAAGCAAUUUUGCAGGCAACUUUGAGAGAAGAGAAGAAACUUCGAGUUGAAAAUGCUAAAUUAAAGAAGGAAAUUGAAGAAUUGAAACAAGAGCUAAUUCAGGCAGAAAUUCAAAAUGGAGUGAAACAAAUACCAUUUCCAUCUGGUACUGUGCUGCAAGCUAAUUCCAUGGUUUCUGAAAAUGUGAUACAGUCUAGACCAAUGACAACUAUAUCUUCUGGUGCCAAAGAACAGAUAGGAGGAGGAGGAGCAGAAGAAAAGAAGAUGAAAGAGAAAAUUGAAGUGAAAGGAGAGAAAAGGGAGAAAAAACAGCAAUCAGUAGCAGGAAGUGCUGACUCUAAGCCAGUGGAUGUAUCUCGUCUGGAUCUUCGAGUUGGUUGUAUCAUCACUGCCAGAAAACACCCUGAUGCUGAUUCUUUAUAUGUAGAAGAAGUGGAUGUUGGAGAAACAGCUCCAAGAACAGUUGUCAGUGGCCUGGUGAAUCAUGUUCCCCUUGAACAGAUGCAAAAUCGGAUGGUGAUUUUACUUUGUAAUCUGAAACCUGCAAAGAUGAGGGGAGUGAUAUCUCAAGCAAUGGUGAUGUGUGCUAGUUCACCUGAGAAGGUUGAAAUCUUGGCGCCUCCUACAGGGUCUGUACCUGGAGACAAAAUUGUUUUCGAUGCUUUUCCUGGAGAGCCUGACAAGGAGCUGAAUCCUAAGAAGAAGAUUUGGGAGCAGAUCCAACCUGAUCUCUACACUAAUGAUGAAUGUGUGGCUACAUACAAAGGAGCUCCCUUUGAGGUGAAAGGGAAGGGAGUGUGUAGGGCUCAAACUAUGACCAACAGUGGAAUAAAGUAAAAUAAAAUAAAAUAAAAUGCUUCAUUUACUGAAAUACAUUGGAGAAAACUUUAAUAACAAUAAAAAGAAAUAUAUUUGUCACUUGUACCUAAAAUAUAAUUGGCUUUUGUGUGUGUUAUUUCUCUUGUAGACUUGACAGGGUAUGUGUUGUUUUUAAUCGGUUAGUGAAACAUUACAUUCUUACCUACAUUAAACGAGCUUGUGCUCAUUUAUAAUGUAGGAAGGAAAUCACUAACAUUUUCUGAUGAUUUAUUUUUUAGCAGGGAUGUUGGUUAGCUGAUUGUUUUUCUUGAUAUGUUUAGAUAACUUGAACUAGAUGAACAUUUAGAAUCCUCUUUGUAGGCACAUGGUGCAUGAAAUUCUAAACCCUUAGAUUUUUAGUAUAUUGUGUAUCUGUAUUAUAAAUGUCUUCUCCUCUUUAGAAAUGACAAGUUAGAAUUUUUGUCAAGCUUAUUAACUACUUGUAUUGUUGAAAAUGACCAGCUGUUGCUUUUAGAAAGCCAAACAUCGUAAAAGUAGGAGACGUGAACGUUAUUGUUGUUGCUUACUGGGAUACUGAGAACUGUAUACUGAAGGUGACUUUUUUAAAAGAAUGAAAUUUUCAACUGUGUACUGAACUUUUUCUUCUAUUUGACAAAAUAAUUAGUAAUAAAUUUUGACUAUAAAGAAUAAAUAUAUUGCAAAAUGUUGCCAAUACAGUUUCCAAUAAAUUGAUGUAAAAGCA